CUGGGCUGGACCUCCUUAUGAGGAACUUGAGGCACGUGACUCUCCCCGGGGCCAUUUAGCCUAGCAGAGCAGGGACCAGGUUUCCUGACUUCCAGGCCAGUCUUCAGUGCUCGACCUAAUGGCAGCUUAUAAGGAAUGGAAAGAGGGUAUAUGCCUUUACUUAUUUGGCAGCAGCCUGGGGCUGGGGGGGCUCCUGCUCCUGGCUGUGGUCGUUCUGUCUGCCUGUCUGUGUCGGCUCCAUCGGAAAGUGAGGAGGCUGGAGAGGAGCUGGGCCCAGCUCUCAGAGCAAGAGCUCCACUACGCAUCUCUGCUGUCCGUGCCUUGCCGUGAGGGGCCUGGCCUCAGCCAAAGGGAAGGCUCCAAGGAGGACCCCAGCAGUGACUAUGCCUGCAUUGCCAAGAACUAAUCCACCUGAGCUCCCCCAAACGCCUUCCCCCAACCCAGGACUGUGGCCCACCCAGUAAAGACCGUGGUCUCACCA